AUGGAUACAAACUCUGAUAGUCCCUAUGAUGUUCUUUUCGAACGUUCAUUAGCACUGAUCGUUCGUGAGUAUGGCUUUGAUAAUAUUGAACUUUCUGCCUAUCAUCAAAUUCUCGAUGUAUCCAAUACAAUACUUCGUCGGUUAUUACUCAAUGUUAAAAAUCUAACGGAAGUUCAAUCACGUACCGAACCGUGUCCAGCUGAUAUUGCACGUUCGUUACAAAUGAUGAAUGUCAAAUCAUCAUUGUUACACCAAACGUGUAAUCAACCGAUUAAGCAUCGUCUCCGUUCACCAGAUCGUCAAACAGAAACACAUCCAAUGAAAUUAUUUCGAGUAACACAUACGACAAAUAACAAUUCGUCGCGCAAACAUCGACCUAUUUAUAUUCCGGACUUUCUUCCAGAAUUUCCCGAUCCUCACACAUUUAUAUCUAGCGAAACCUAUGCAGAUCUACGAAAAGACUAUCCGCGCGUUCGACAAUUGCUGGCUGACCAACGUCGAGCCUUGCAGCGAUCCUUAACCAAAUGGAUUCGGAGAGUACAGACGCAAUGGAAGAUGAAGCCACUGUUGAUGUAUCAGCAAGAACAAAGUCACUAUCAGCAACAGAAGAUGGAGAAAUCUGAUCAGAAUUCAAUGAAUGGAUUGAUCCAUAUAUACAUAUUGAAUAGGUGA